AAAUAAUUGUGUUUAUUUCUUCAUUUAUAUCGAAUUUUGCACUAAGGGUACCCCUCAACUUUCUGCUUAAAGCCAAAGGUUCCAUCGGUCCCGAAUGUUUUGUAAUUCGUAAAGAAAGCUAAAGAGGCCAAGGGCCCAAGGGAACAUUUAUAACGCUCUUUCACGAUCGACACGUCACCCUCUGUUGUCAAGAACAAUUAAACUUAAGUACAGUUGUUAAUUUAACUGCUGGCUCAUGGAUGAGGACCUAAAUGCUCUUCAUGACCCCGUGGAUACUGCAGCAAACUUUGAGAAUAUGGGUAUAGUUGCUAUGUUCAUUCAGCUCGUUUCGUGGAUAUCAUCUGCUGCAAUGAUUAUCGGCGGUGUUGUUCCUUAUGUACCGCAGUAUUGGGACAUUUGGCAGACUCGAGAUGCCGAAGGAUUUUCAAUGCACGUUUGUUUAGCGUUAGUUGUUGCCAACAUAUUAAGAAUAUUCUUUUGGUAAGUGUUUUGAGAAGACAUAAUUUUCUCACUGUUGUGCGACAAACGCAGAUUGCAGACUUCCAGACUUGCAGGUGAACAAGAUAAACAUAAUGCUGUGAAAUGCUCCUACAGAUUCCGUAUCCCUAAACUAGACUUUGAGAAGACUUAAAGUUUAGCGAUAGGGAAUCUGGGAGAGCAUUUCACAACAAUGUUUACCUUAAAUGAGGUUUGUGAUGCACCAAUCACUAACAACCACGGUGGUACAAUAGUUUGACUCAGUAAAUCGACUGCAGUGUGCAGUCAAAAUAUAGCAAUCAACAUCAAAGUGACAAUUGUGAGGAAAAUGAUAAAACUAAACCCUUCAUAUACAUUAUCCUCGAAGAUUAAUGUCUUUCAUGACAAUGUUUACCUUGUCUACCAACCAGUCUGCAAGUGUGCAUUCUGCUUUUGUCAUACACCAUUUUCUCACAGCAUUGCAAAUUAAGCUACUUAAUGACUGUGUCCAUUGGUUACAACUAAGGAAACCGUUAUUGCAUUUAAAGCACCAGAUAUAGAUUUAUCUUGCUAGUGGACAGUGUUAUCCACUUUUUGAACUGGCAACAGGACUAUUACCCUGCUUGAACUGUAUGUCCCAACAAGGAAAGAAAUCUUGUAUGUUCUUUGUUUGUAAAACAAGAACAAAUUAAUAUGGCCCUACUCGGUACACAUAGUUAUAAUGCUAAUUGGAAGAGAUUAUGUUAGUGAAACCAUUAAAAAAACAUAAUAUCAUUUUUUAAAAUAAUUUUUGAUAGGUUUGGACGUCAUUUUGAACUGCCACUAUUAGCUCAAAGCUUUAUCAUGAUUGCUGCUAUGAUGAUGAUGUUACAACUUUGCACCAAAAUCAGAAGAGAGAAUGAUUUGAGUGCAAAGAAAAGAUCUUUUUUCGGUGAGUAAAUUGAUGAACAAGUUGCUAGAAUGAUAAUGUUCAAUUAUAAUAAUUUUCUUAAUUAUUAAGAAAAUAUGUUUGAACAGACCAGCCACUUGCAUAAGCAGACAGCACUACUGUAGCCUUGGCUAGAAUAACAAAACCAUUUAUUUAAUUUUUUUGGUGAACCGCUUUUGUAAUGGACGCUUUUUCUGUUUCCCAAGGAUUUCAUCUUACAUAAAGUACAUAAAUUAUCUGAUUUAUGAGGGCCCCACUGAAAACCGCCUUGGUGAGUUGGACUCCCUCUAUAAAUAUUGAUAUUAUUAUUAUUAUUAUUAUUAUUAUUAUUAUUAUUAUUAAUAAUAAUAAUAAUUAAAUUUUAACAUAUUGGUUUUGUUGCUGUUUUUUCUUCAGAUUUUCACAGAAGACACUUUUGGGACUGGACGCACUUUUCAGAUUACGUGCUCUGUGUACUGAUAUUCAUUGCAGUUGGUGGUUACAUCACAUACUUGUUCCUGAGCUUUACUGCAUUUGUAGAGCUUAUAGGAUUCCUAGCAGUGUUUACAGAGGCUAUGCUUGGAGUCCCUCAGUUUUACAGAAAUUACAUCAAUCAGUCAACCAUGGGAAUGAGGUACUUUUCAAUAACUCCAACCAUCUUGGUCUCUCUAUCAUAUCAGUUCCUUAGGGGUUGUUCUUUAAAGACCCUUAUAUUUAAUAAAUUUUAAUUUUGUUUUAAGAGGACAAAUUUUUACAAUAAAUUUUUUAAAAGGAACUUCAUAAUCAAAAAUGUUUUUAAACUCAAUAUAAUAAAUUAUAUUCCUUAGAUAUAUUCCUAUUAUACAGUCGACUCUCUCUUAAUGGACACCUCUAUAAGAUGGACACCUCUGUAAAAUGGACACCUAGAGUUGGUCCCUGCCUUUGCUUAUUCCCUUUAUUUGACUCUUUAUAAGACAGACAUCUCUCUAAGAUGGACACUUAGUGCGGGUCCCAAAGGUGUCUGUCUUGAAGAGAGUUGACUGUAUAUGUUACAGGUCAAAAUUAACUUAAGGUUAAAAUUUUCUCACCUAGGUUGAUUCUCAGUUUCCUUUGUCUCCUAACCCUGUCAGAUUAUUCAUGAAUUAGGGCUAGGAGGCAAACCUGGUAGAGUGGGUGGGAGGGGGGGAGGGUUACUAGACCCAAUUUUUGUGCAGGAAGGCUCUCCAUAGAGGCUUAAUCCCUUUCUCUUUCUGACAGAAAAGACACCCGCUGUCAUACUCUGAGUUCAUUAAUAUUAUUAACAUUAUACUUAUUAUUCAAUUCAAAUUGUGUCAGGCCCUUUUGAAAUGUACCUGAAAGACAGAAUUCUUUACCCUUUUGUAAUACAUACACCUAAUUGCAAUAACGUUGUCUUAAAAAAAUGACAAUAGGAAAAAGCCAAAUAGGAAUUAAAUAGGCUAAUUAAGCCACAUUCUCAUGGUAGAUUCAUUUGCAGCCGUUGCAUUUCCCCGCUGGAAUUUUCAGUUUUAUUGUCUUUCAGCUUUAAAACAAUAGCAAAUUCCAACAGGGAAAUACAAUGUCCAUGUGUGGAUGCUGCAAAUAAAAUUUAAUUUAUUAGGCUUAUUAGCCUAAUAAAUUCCUAUUUGGCUUUUUCCUUUUUUUUAUUUUUCUAUGACAACGUUUUUGCAAUUAGGUGUAUAGCUAAAGCCUGAAAAGUACCCUCCCAAAGACAUACAGCCUGUUAUUGGGAUAUUUAUAAAUGGUUAUAGGACUGAGUGGAGUCCAAUUCAGUCUGUGAUCAUAUUUAAAGAGUGAUUUUAAAACAAAAUCGGAUGACUGCGUAGAGGGAGUCCAAUUUAUUUAAUCACGAGUAUGAUUACAGACUGAAUUGGACAACAUGAAGUUCUAUUACCAAUUAAUCAUAACUAUAACAAAAUCUGUGAUAUUUUAGGUUUUUAAAACUUACUUGCUAGCAGUGAAAAAAAAAAAAACAUUUAAGUGUGCACAAUGGUGCAUACUGUCCAUUUACGUACUUAGGCAUAACAUAAACUGUCCUAUUACACUGUCUUAUUAAUGCUGAAAUCAGGACAGUUGAUAGCUAUAAGAUUUGAGAAUGUUAUUAUAGUUAUGAUUACUAGGAUUAUGUCAUAUUUCACUUAAUGUGCUUCCUAAAUCAUGUGAUAAUUUUAUUAUAUUUUGUAUCAACUUGUAGCCGCAUUUCUGUCUUCCUCUUUUUUGUUCACAGCGUAAAGAUGGUUGUGAUGUGGUUAUCAGGAGAUAUAUUCAAAACUUGUUACUUCAUUGUCAAAGUUGCUCCAAUUCAGUUUUGGAUCUGUGGAAUGCUCCAGAUAUCUAUUGACAUUGCAAUACUUUUUCAAGUUCGAAAGUAUCGCACACAAGAAAGAACUCAUUUAAGAUGACCGUAAAAAUACUGGUAUUAUAGCUAAGGGUAGGGGGAUAGACAAUCUGAAA